GGCGCGGCGCGCGGCCGUCGCGGUCUACGGCUAGCGGCUAUCGCGACGCGGACGAGUUACCCACCGCACGCAAGCGUGCGCCGCCAUCGAUCGGGCUAAGGCAGGCACCAUGCAGCCGCCGCCGAGAAAGAGUAACUACACCAAGUUCCUGAAGAAUUUACACACGGAGCAGAUAGCCAAGCUCCACGCCAAAAACCAGCACGAAUGCGACCUGCUGGAGGAUCUGCGGACCUACACCAUCAAACGCUCGGCCAUUGAGAAAAGCUACUCCGAGGCCUUGCUGAAAAUAUCUUCAGGAUAUCUCAGUAAGAAGAUCCCAAACAUCCCGGACAUCAAAGUCGACGGAGCGGAGGAAAAAUGGAACAUGUGGAACGUGUGGCGCACGGUCCUCGAGGAGAAUGAGAAGCUCGCCCGCGCGCGCCUGGCGGCCGUCGAGGUGUUCCAGCAGCAGAUCGCCGACGAGGCCAAGAUGCUGCGCCAGCACAAGAUCAACGUUGCAAAGAAGUGCACAGACUCACUGGCGCAAGCGCACAAGGAGCUGCAACUAACAGUGAUUGACGUCGACAAGACCAAAAAGCUGUACUUCGACGAGGAACACACCGCCCACGACGUCAGAGAUAAAGCCAAAGACAUUGAGGAGAAAUUGAAGAAGAAGAAAGGUUCCUUCUUCCAAUCGAUAACGUCGCUCCAAAAGAACAGCGCCAAGGUAUCGUCGCGUCGCGAUCAACUCGAGGAGAAGUCCACGGGCGCCAGGAACGACUAUCUGCUCAGCAUCGCCGCUGCCAAUGCCCAUCAGAAUCGCUACUUCCUCGUAGAACUGCAGACUUGCAUGCAGAACAUGGAAUCAGCCGUAUAUGAAAAGGUAUCAGAGUUCCUGACCCUCAUGGGCCGCACCGAGCUGCUGACGUGCUCCGCCACCCAGCACUCGUUCGGCAAGAUCCGGGACCAGGCACAGCAGCUGACCCGGGACUAUAACCUGCAGUGCGUGUACCUGUACUACCCGGUGCUGAAGCAACACAUCCAGUACGACUACGAGCCAUGCGACAACGACCCCGUCGACAUCGUGACCAUGGAACACGAGUCCGUGGCGCAGACGCUGGCGCAGGAGGCGCGGCGCUGGGCCACGCGCGUCGUGCGCGAGACCGCGCUGGUGCGGGACGCGACCCGCAAGCUGCACUUGUACCAGGCCAUGCGCGAGGCGGGACAGAAGACGGAUCCAAACGACCCGAACGGACCGGACCUGGAGACGCGCAUGGACGAGCUGCGCUCCAACAUCCGCCGCUCCGAGACCUCGAAGGCCAAAUACGAGGCGCGGCUCGAGUGCCUGCGCAACAGUAGCGCGCCCGUCGACGAGUGGCUCAAGGAGAUCGACCUGCUGGCCGUGCAGGACACGUUGCCACGCAGCAGCAGCCUGCUCAGCGUGAGGACCGACGCGUCCGGUGCUGCCGACCAGCCGAGCUCCGACUCAUUCUACGACAGCGACAACACUGAAGGCGAGCAGGCUCCGGCCGCCUCUGUGUCGGGCCAUCAGCGAACCACUUCCGGCUCCCAGCAUGAGGACGAACACGAGGAGGAUGUUGACAGAGAAGAGAGAGUGAUUGGUUGGGACCCUCCGGCCGCGGAUGAAUCCCGGGAGAUGGGCUGGAAUACAAGCGUUUCUUCCGCAGCAGCGCUGGAGGAGGAGAGGAUGCGCAUGGAGCAGCUGGCGGUGGGCUGGGACGACCCCACGCAGGUCAACUGGGGCGAGGAGCAGGAGGCGGAGGCGCCGGCAACAGGCGCGGAGGCGCCCGCCGCUCCGCUCUACAAGUGCACUGCGCUAUACUCCUACACGGCCCAAAAUCCAGACGAGUUGUCGAUCAUAGAGAACGAGCAGCUGGAGGUGGUUGGCGAGGGCGACGGCGACGGUUGGCUGCGCGCGCGCAACUACCGCGGCGAGGAGGGCUACGUGCCCCACAACUACCUGGACGUUGAGCGAGAGCAGGCCUCAUCCAAUCCUGGUCUGGUCACUCAGAUAUCGUUCUCUUCGGUGGACUAUACCGUGGAAGGGGAGGACGCGGACGUGGUGCAGUCCCCGGACCAGAUCUCGGUGAUCUCGGCGCCGGUGGCAAAGGCGGACGAGCCAAAGGCCGAGGCCCUGAACACGGAGCUGGCGCGGGCCGUCGAGGAAGCGCAGUCGGAGUGGCCGACCCUGGGCUACUGCUUCGCGCUUUACGACUACGAUGCUGAUGCUAGUGAUGAACUUAAUCUUGAAGAAGGACAGAUUAUCCGCGUGGUUUCGCGCGACGCACACGGCGUAGACGACGGCUGGUGGCGCGGUGAAGCGAACGGCGUCAUGGGCAACUUCCCAUCGCUGAUCGUCGAGGAGUGUGACGAGAACGGAGAGCCCCUGAGCGGCGGUGAGGACGACUGGUCCCCGCCGGACUCCGCGCCGCCGGUAUUCGCUUCACCCCCGGGCUCGCCUACGGCUGGAGGCUUCGACGAGCAAAUGAUCCUCGGAGACAACAACAAUGGGAAAGACGCCCCGCCGCCCGCGGCGCCGCCGCCGCCGCCGCCCGCCGACGCCGGCGAUGACAUCGACCUCGGCGACUCUAUGGACAGUCAGCCCGACUUCAGCUUUAACCUGGAGCUGACUAAGAACCAAGUUGAGCAAUACGGGAGCCAGUUUGAAGGCCAGGAGGCGAGCGACGUCGCGCCUGCUGUUACUAUCGUCGUCGAUGAGGUUGUCGCUGAAAAUUGGAGCGAGGACGAGGAGGAGCCGGCGCCGCCGCCGUCGAAGCCUGUGCCGCCCAAAGUUGAGCUCCCGGACGACGGGGGGCUCGGCGUGGCGCAGAUCGUGAUCACCGCCGCCACGCCCAUGGUGGAGGAACCCGAGCAGCCCUUCCCUCCGCCGGAACCCGAGCCUGAGCCCGAGGAGGACGAGUCAUCCAUCUCCGAGCAGACCGCCGUCUGCGUACCCGACCAGGCCGAGGCCCCGCCCGCCAACAGCUCGACGGCCUCGGAAGGCGAGUCCACCGGCGCCUCCGGGCCCCCAACCGCGCCACAGUCUCCGCCCGCGGCGCCGCGCGCCGGCCGCGCUUCUAUACCUGACGAGCUCGAGCCAGCCCAACUUGCUAGGCUCACUGACUUGAAGGAAUCCAACGCUUAAACUUGCGACUGUAUCUAUUUCUUUCUCUACGGAAGAACCGUUUUUCACUCUCUCGAUUCAGUAACAUCGUGGCUAUCACACCGGUUAGAAUAAAACACUAACUCGCUCAGUAACUCGGUAUACGAAGUAGAUGUUACUUUAAAAUUUCAUCAUUUUUAAUUGAUACUUGCUCUGGCCGCAUAGAGAAAGAGUACUAUAACGUACAGAAAAUAUAGCGAUAGCGGUGAGUAUCACAUUUUUUUUACAAAAUAUAAAUUAUAAGAGUUCAAGAAGCAAUAACAAAUAACCAUCAUUAUCUGAACAACUAUAUUUAUAGUAUAUUUGA